GGAAUGACUUUUAUUUUGACGCUUUGUUUUCCUGUCGCCAUCUUGUCUGAUUGUGUCUGGCUUCGGGCGCGCGCACUGAACCGACCCGGAAAACUCAAGGCCAAUAAAUCUGACGUGCAGGAAUGGCCGCCAUCCGUAAGAAGUUGGUGAUUGUUGGUGACGGUGCUUGUGGGAAGACGUGUCUGCUCAUCGUCUUCAGUAAAGAUCAGUUUCCAGAGGUUUAUGUGCCCACUGUGUUUGAAAACUAUGUGGCCGACAUUGAAGUGGACAGUAAACAGGUGGAGUUGGCGCUGUGGGAUACGGCAGGUCAGGAGGAUUACGAUCGCCUGCGUCCGCUUUCUUAUCCCGACACCGACGUCAUCCUCAUGUGCUUUUCCAUCGACAGUCCCGACAGUCUUGAGAACAUUCCGGAGAAGUGGACUCCAGAGGUCAAACACUUCUGCCCCAAUGUUCCCAUAAUCCUGGUGGGCAACAAGAAGGACCUUCGGAACGACGAACACACGCGCCGCGAGCUCUUUAAGAUGAAGCAGGAGCCCGUCAAAGCGGAGGAGGGCCGAGAUAUGGCCAACAGAAUCUGUGCCUUCGGAUAUAUGGAAUGCUCGGCUAAAACCAAGGAUGGCGUCAGGGAGGUUUUCGAAAUGGCAACCAAGGCGGCGCUGCAGGCCAGGAGGGGCAAGAAGAACAAUAAAUGCCUCCUGCUGUAAUGGACAGAGGGACUUGAACAUCGGUGUAUUUUAUUCUUUUAACUGAAUCAGUUCAGCUAGUGACGAGAGUUUGUGUCAGUAUUUAAUGCUUCUGUUUGUACAUCAUCCAAUCCAAUGCCACAUUUCGCUGUUCAUAGUCAUGCACUGUGAGCCGCUGAUACAAAUAUGCAACAAAGUUCAAUAACACACUCGCACACACACACAUCAGGACCAACGUUCACACAUGGACGAGACUUGAAAUUCGUCUUUUUGUCUUUCAGAAAAAAACUGAAUUUGGUAUGUUUGUGUAUUAAAACCUUUAUACAAA